CUUGAGGGUAUCAUUGAGAGGUCACAUUGUUUGUGAUGCGUGUCAGUGUGAUCAGUGGGUGGUUGGAGGAAUGGUAUAUAAUGUAGAGCCCCUUUCCUCAAAUUUUGCAUAACGUCGAAUAACGUUGAGUGCAUUCAGUAGUCUCCAAAAGUUACAAAUAAUUUUUUUUUCCUAUUAAAAGCGUUGAAAUGAUUGUGCUUUGAACAUGAAUACAAUUCUCUGGCUGAGGAUUUUAAUCUGAAGGUAGAUAAAUUGGGGUAAAGAUUGUUGUUUGAUCGCGGGAAGAUGAAGACACCGAUAAUGAAGAGUUCGAUACCGGGGCUGGCGGAGUUUCCAGCGAGAUUUGAUAGGAUACCUACGGGUGACGGAUGGGUGGAGGGUAGGAGGAGGCUCGACGGGGCGGAGGGGUUGUGGAGGAUCAACGAUCGAUUGUACGAUCUCACGAAUUUUGUGAAGAAACAUCCUGGGGGUUCGGAGUGGCUCACUAUCACUAAGGGAACUGAUAUCACGGAAUUGUUCGAGAGUCAUCACUUGACUGNUCACCGACUCUAA